UAAUUAAUUGGAAUCUGGAAGAAUUGCUAGGUAGCUGGGUCAGUUAGAGGAAUAAUGCGACUUCAACUAGUCGUAUUCCUACAGUUCUUUCUCCUUUUACAGGAGAUGGACUGUGCUCCGAAAAAAAAGACAUUUCUUGUGGAAACAGUGGACAACAAAACAGGAAAAAAGAAAAUGAAUUCAGUAACUGUUAAUGUAACUUCUGCUCCCACGAAAGGAAAAGGAAAAGGAUUAGCUAAAGCUGCUGCGACCCCCACAGUUGCAGCAGUACCAGCAGCACCAAAAGGAAAAGUAGCCACCGCAGCAAAAGCAGCUAAAAAGAAAGCUGGAAAAGCAGCUCAAAAAGGAAAAGUAGCUGGAAAAGCAGCUCCAAAGGGAAAAGUAGCUGCUCCUGCUGCUUCAGCUGUUCCUGCUCCAUCAGGAACAGCCCCUGAAUCUGCUGCAGGAUCAGAUUACUCAGGCAUGAUGGACAUGGGUGGAGGUAUGUGGAGUGAAGGAGGUAUGUCUGGAAAUACCUGGAAUCAAGGAAGCAUGUCAGGAAGUAUGUCAGGAAGUAGCUGGAAUGGACUACAAACAUCUGGAAAUAGCUGGAAACAUCAAGAUAGUAUGUUAGGAAGCAUGUCAGGACGUAUGGGAAGUGGCUAUACCAGUGGAAUGUCUGGAUCUGGAUGGUCUAGUUCUAGUUCUGGAAACCCUAACAUCAGACUUGACUUCAAAACUACAAGCUGGAUAUCCAAAGUUAAUCAGGGAGAUAAAAUAACACUGACCCUGGACAACAAUGAAUUCAUAAUAACCGGAGAUGGUUCAACUGCAGAAAUCAAUGGAUAUUCGGUCACUAUAAACCAAUGGCAGAAGGUUGUCGAUGGUGGAUCGAUAACCUUGACUUCUGGUAGUAACACAGUUAAAGUCACAAACAAUGGGGGAAAUAUUAUGUUUGAUGGAAAAUCUUUAACUAAAUAUACAACCAUGUCAAUGUCCAAGAGUUCCAUGAGUGGUGGUUACAAGCCAUCAUCAUCCUCCGAAGAUUAUGUGAAGCUAACUUCUGAAUAUGAUUUUACUACAACUUCCUGGUUCAAGCAAAUUCCUGACUACAUGAAACUUACAAGAAACUUAGAUGGUAAUGAAUUUGUCAUUACGUCUGAUGGAAAAUCAUCAGGAACAAUAAAUGGAUUCCCAGUCACAAAAACUGAAUGGCAAAAAGCACUUGAUGAUGGUUCAGUGACAUUAACCUCUGGUAGUAGCAAGAUAACUGUUACGGUUGUGAAGAAAAUUGUUAAGAUUGAUGGAAAAUCUAUUACACACUAUCAAAGCAGUGCUUCAGAGGGUACUUCAUCAAGUAGACCCAACACCUCAGGAAGACAACCUAGUGGCCAGCAAUCCUCCAAAGUCCCAGAUGAUCUAGACUUUACAACAACUAAAUGGAUGACUGAUUUUAAAAUAGAAAAAACCAUCACAAUUACAGUAGAUGAAAACACAUUUGUUAUUACUUAUGAUGGAACAGUAUUUUACAUUAAUGGCUACCCUGUCACCAAAGAUGAAUGGAACCAAGUUAUAAAUGGAAAAACAAUAACAUUGACAAAUAAAAACAGGGAUACAGUAAAUGUGGUUAUGAAGGGUGAUGUUAUUAUGUUUGACGGAAAACCUAUGACAGGGGGAACAAAAACACAAUUCCAAGUCUCUUAUGGACCUUCAGGAACCACUGGAUCAGAAGUCCCUGUGACAGACGUCAUUGAUUUUUCAACCAGUAACUGGCUAAAUACAUUUACAAAAAUUCAAACAAUGAAACGAACUGUGGAUGGGUACACAUUCACUAUUGUUUAUGAUGGAAAUGGAGUAACUAUAAAUGGGUUCCCCGUCACAGAGGAUGACUGGAAUACAGUCAUAAAGGGUACACCUGUUACCUUGACUUCACCAAAUGGAGAUACAGGAAAGCUUACAUAUGAGAAACCUAAAGUUAAGCUUGAUGGUCACCCAUUUGUUGGACAAUCUGUCAGUGUUGAAACUGAAUUUCCAUCAGAGCCUAUCACAAGUACUAAUCCCAAUGGAAACAAUCCCAAUGGAAACAACCCUAACGGAAACAAUCCCAAUGGAAACAACCCCAAUGGAAACAAUCCCAAUGGAAACAACCCCAAUGGAAACAAUCCCAAUGGAAACAACCCCAAUGGAAACAAUCCCAAUGGAAACAAACCAAAUGGAAACAAUCCUGAAGGAAAUAAUCCUGAUGAUGAAUAUCCUAACAGAGACAAUCCAAGCAAAAACAAUCCGUAUCCCAAAAAUCCAAGAGGACCAGGACCAGGCACUGGUAAUCCUAAGUAUCCUACAAGUGGAGAUUUAGAUUUCUUUACAACAACAUGGAUAACUGAAACAACUACAACAGAGCAAACAAUAACCAGAAUUGUGGAUAACUACAAAUUUACAAUAAUCUAUGAUGGAAAAACUCUGACUAUCAAUAAUUUCCCUGUGACUGAGAAAGAAUGGCAGAAGAUUCCAGAUGAUGGUGAAGUAACUUUAAAUGAUGGCCCAAAAACUGUAACAGUCACUUCAGAUGAAACUAAUGUUUACUUUGGCAAAAAUCCAUUGUAUGGAACAUCCACAUCUGUGAGUAUAAGAUAUGGGCCAACAAGCAAAACCCCAACCAGUACUAAACCUGACCCUAGAGAAGUACCUAAUUUUGAGACACCUGAAUGGAUAAACUUGUACAAGGAACCAGAAGAAGUCAUUAGAACUGUGGGUCCUAAUACAUUUAUAUAGAACCAAAGAAUGAAAAAGUUUACAUUAAUGGAUUCCUCAUUCCAACAAAAGAGUGGCAGAGAGUCAUUGAUGGAGAAGAAGUUGAGGUAACAGAUGAUGAUGGCAAGACAGUAACUAUUGUCAAAAGAAAUGAUGAAAUAUUUUUCAAUGAAAAACCCUUCACUAGUGAAACACAACCCAUUACUACUACAAUUAUUGAAAAUGAAAACCCUGAGGAGCCACGUGGAAGUGGAACACCAAGAAGUCCGUUUGGUACUGAACCUGGUCCUGAUGGUGAAGGACCAGAAGAUCCUAGAAACUCCAGAAAGAACCCCAAUGGAAACAAUCCUAAUGGAAACGACCCUUAUGGUGAAGAACCAGUAGAUCCUAGAAACCCAGAUAAUACUGAUGGAUAUCCUGGUACUGACAGUGAAGAACCAGGAUCUCCUGGAAACCCCAGAAAGUAUAACCCAGAGGAUCCUGAAGGAAGUGAAACUCCUAAUAGAGAACCUGGAUCUCCUGGAAAACCAAAUAAUCCCUGGGAAGAAGAACCUGGAAAACCCAAUAGGCCCAAAACACCAGGCACUGGUAGUUCUAAGUAUCCUGCAAGUGGAGACAUGGAUUUCUUUACAACAACGUGGAUAACUGAAGUAACAACAACAGAGCAAACAAUAACCAGAAUUGUGGAUAACUACAAAUUUACAAUAAUCUAUGAUGGAAAAACUGUUACUAUCAACAAUUUCCCUGUGACUAAGAAAGAAUGGCAGAAGAUUCCAGAUGAUGGUGAAGUAACUUUAAAUGAUGGCCCAAAAACUGUAACAGUCACUUCAGAU